AUGGAAGACGAUCGCAGCACGUCGGUGGCUUUUGCUCCUCCCUCGGUCCAAGACCAUCACGAGACCCUCUUAUCUGGGAGAUCUUAUGCGCAUUAUAGCACAGUGCCCGAAGCCAUUGUACCCAGUGAAUCCUCUCAAUCCAAGCCUGGUACACCGUGUGUAUUGGGCGUGGAUGAAGCUGGUCGCGGACCUGUGAUCGGCCCUAUGAUUUAUGGGGUCUACUACCUCCCAAUUGAAAUUCAGCAAUCCCUGCUAGCCACGACAUACCGUUUCGACGACUCCAAAGUACUAACUCCCGCCAUGAGGACCAAUCUGAUGAAGGCUGUAUGCACCAGUGACACCGACCUUUUCAAGUCGUCCGGCUGGGCUAUCAAAUCGCUCUCUGCCCAAGACAUCAGUGCUGCAAUGCUGAAGAAUGGCGGGUCCUACAAUCUUAAUGCUCAAGCCAUGGAUGCAUCAGUCGAAUUAAUCCGCGGUGUUAUCGACAAGGGUGUCAAUGUGAGGGAAAUAUAUGUGGACACCAUUGGGAAGCCGGCAGUUUACCAGAAAAAAUUGGAACUCAUUUUCCCCACGAUCAAAAUAACCGUGGAAAAGAAGGCUGACAGUUUGUUCCCUUGCGUCAGUGCGGCAAGCGUUGUGGCCAAAGUCACGCGAGAUGUCAGCUGUGAGGCUCUCUGGAAGGCAUACGCCCUGCAGGAUUCCACAUCAUCCACCGACGAGCCUGUCACUUGGGGAUCUGGAUAUCCAUCGGAUGCCAGGUGUGUGAGCUGGCUCAAGGACGCCAUGGAUCCCAUCUGGGGCUUUGGAAAUGAAUGCCGAUUUAGCUGGGGCACGGUCAAAGACAUGCUAGAACAGAGAGGUGGCCCAGCGACAAGGAUUGACUGGCCUGACGAUGUUGAUGACGAGAACAUGAGACUUUCGCACUAUUUCAGUGCAAACGGAAUGGCUGGACCAAAAACGGAGAGCGAUGAGUUGCGGUAUUGGUUUGGAAAUGGUGUGGGACAAGAAGCAUUUUGA